CUGCCCGGAUCCGAGGUCCGAUCCCCUGCGCUGCAGCUGCCUCAGCUCCGCUGACUGUGUCCUGCUCUCCCGCCCCUGGCACGCGUCCUCAGCGCCCCGGGAUCCUUCCAGCGGCCCAUCGUGCCGGCGGCGCCCGCGCCCGGAGAUCGAUCCAACCGCCCUGCGCCGUCCUCGCUGCCUCCCCGGAGCGCCGGCCGGUGCGCCCCGCUCGCCGCUCCCCGGCACUUUCGGGGGGCCCGCCCGCCCUGCACCCUGGAGCACCGGGCCGCGAGCCUCUGCCAGCUCCUCUGGAUCUUCGCGGCCGUGGGCAGCGGCUGCGGUGCCUGUCCGCCCGAAGGAGGACCCACACUGCUGCAUUUGCCCUGUAACUCUGGCUGUACCGCCUGCCCCUUGGGUAACACGGGCAUCCCAGGAAGAUGGCAGACGAAGACCUCAUUUUCCGCCUGGAAGGUGUUGAUGGCAGCCAGACCCCCCGGACUGGUCACGACGGUGAUUCCGAGGCAGACAGCGAUGAUGAGGAAGGUUACUUCAUCUGCCCCAUCACAGAUGACCCCCGGUCACACCAGAAUGUCAAUUCCAAAGUUCAUAACUACUAUAGCAACCUAACGAAGAGCGAGCACUAUGGCUCUAGCGGGUCUCCUGCAAGCUCCUUCCACUUUAAGGAGGCUUGGAAGCAUGCAAUUGAGAAGGCCAAGCACAUGCCUGACCCCUGGGCUGAGUUCCACCUGGAGGAUAUUGCCACGGAAUGUGCCACGCGUCACAGGUACAAUGCUGUCACUGGAGAGUGGCUACAAGAUGAAGUUCUGAUCAAGAUGGCAUCUCAGCCCUUCGGACGUGGAGCUAUGAGGGAGUGCUUCAGGACGAAGAAGCUCUCCAACUUCCUGCACACCCAGCAAUGGAAGGGGGCCUCCAACUAUGUGGCAAAGCGCUACAUCGAGUCGGUGGACAGGGACGUCUACUUUGAGGAUGUGCGUCUACAGAUGGAGGCCAAGCUCUGGGGAGAGGAGUAUAAUCGGCACAAGCCCCCCAAGCAGGUGGACAUCAUGCAGAUGUGCGUGGUGGAGCUAAAGGACCGACCGGGCAAGCCUCUCUUCCACCUGGAGCACUAUAUCGAGGGCAAGUACAUCAAGUACAACUCCAACUCGGGCUUUGUCCGUGAUGACAACAUGCGCCUGACACCACAGGCCUUUAGCCACUUCACGUUUGAGCGUUCCGGGCACCAGCUGAUUGUGGUGGACAUCCAGGGUGUGGGCGACCUCUACACCGACCCGCAGAUCCAUACUGAGAAGGGCACGGACUUUGGAGAUGGCAACCUAGGUGUCCGGGGGAUGGCGCUCUUCUUCUACUCUCAUGCCUGCAACCGGAUUUGCAAGAGCAUGGGCCUCGCCGCCUUUGACCUCUCACCAAGAGAGAGGGACGCUGUGAAUCAGAACACCAAGCUGCUGCAAUCAGCCAAGACCAUCUUGAGGGGAACAGAGGAAAAGUGUGGGAGCCCCCGAGUAAGGACCCUCUCUGGGAGUCGCCCCCCCCUGCUCCUUCGCCUUUCAGAAAACUCUGGAGAUGAGAACAUGAGUGACGUGACCUUUGACUCUCUCCCUUCCUCCCCAUCCUCGGCCACACCACACAGCCAGAAACUGGACCCCCUCCAUUGGCCUGUGUUCGGUGACCUUGACAACAUGGUACCCCGAGACCAUGACCAUCUGGACAACCACCGGGACUCUGAGAACAGUGGGGACAGCGGAUACCCCAGUGAGAAGCGGGGUGAGCUGGAUGACCCAGAACCCCGAGAACAUGGCCACUCAAACGGUAACCGGAGGUACGAGUCGGACGAAGACAGCCUGGGCAGCUCCGGACGGGUGUGCGUGGACAAGUGGAAUCUCCUCAACCCCUCCCGCCUCCACCUGCCCAGACCUUCCGCUGUGGCCCUGGAAGUGCAAAGGCUUAAUGCUCUGGACGUUGAGAGGAAAAUCGGGAAGUCCAUUCUGGGGAAGGUGCAUCUGGCCAUGGUGCGCUACCACGAGGGCGGGCGCUUCUGCGAGAGGGACGAGGCCUGGGACCGCGAGUCGGCCGUCUUCCACCUGGAGCACGCGGCCGACCUGGGCGAGCUGGAGGCCAUCGUGGCCCUGGGGCUCGUGUGCUUGCAGCUGCCCCACCACAUCCUGGCUGAUGUCUCUCUGAAGGAAACAGAAGAGAACAGAACCAAAGGAUUCGAUUACUUACUGAAGGCAGCGGAAGCCGGCGACAGACAGUCCAUGAUCCUGGUGGCUCGGGCUUUUGACACUGGCCAGAACCUCAGCCCAGACAGAUCCCGAGACUGGCCAGAGGCUCUGCACUGGUACAACACUGCCCUUGAGAUGACAGACUGUGAUGAGGGCGGAGAGUAUGAUGGGAUGCAAGAUGAGCCUCGAUAUACGCUACUGGCCAGGGAGGCUGAGAUGCUGUUUACCGGCGGCUGUGGGCUGGAGAAGGACCCGCAGAGAUCAGGUGACUUGUAUACCCAGGCAGCAGAGGCAGCAAUGGAAGCCAUGAAGGGCCGGCUGGCCAACCAGUACUACCAGAAGGCGGAGGAGGCCUGGGCCCAGAUGGAGGAAUAGCUUCCCAGGAAAAUCACUGCUGGCCAAUCCCAAGCAAAAGGGCUAAGC